GUCGGCAGCCAUGGCGCCAGUUGUGCUCCGCUAUGGCUUCAGUAAAAUAACAUGGCCUGAGGACCACUUCCGCAGAAAGGCACUAGAAAACGGGGCGAAGCUGUGCAAGGCGAGAUACGCGUACGAUGUGGAGGAGGCGGUGCCGUGCCGUGACAGCGACACUCAAGUUACCGCGAAAUGCCACUCGCAAGUGCACCAAACCAGCUACAAUGUCACACUUCAGCUGUCGUCUCAGCGCGUGAUAAGUGGAGCCACCUGUUCGUGCAAGGCCGGCAGCGACGGCGCCUGCAAGCAUGUCGCAGCGGUAGCGCUCGAGCUAAACAACUUAGCCGAUGCGACGUCGUCCACUGACGUGCCUCAAGUGUGGGGCCGUCCAGCGUCCAAGCCGAACACCUCAAAAAAAGAAUCGGUAGAGGAGCUCUUCGGAGAAUAUAAACCACUUUAUAUUGGUGGCAAGCCACCUGAUGAGCAGCCACCUUCGUUCAUUUUGGAGCACUUCCCAGACCUCGACUGCAUAAUGCAAUCCACACUGAAGUGGCAGAAGGAGGAAGAAGCAAUGUCGGAAGUUCGCGACUGUCUUGAAGACCUCAUUUCAAAGGCAGCACUGAAUGCAGACCUGUGUUUGGUGAAGGAGGUUUUGAACUGGAGAUACAGUCUGCCUCUGUACACCCUUGAGGAAACGGUCACUAUGAGUGCCAAUGAGCUCAACUUCUUCUCCACUAAGGUGGAAUGCACGGAAUCCCAGGCAGAAUUAAUUGCCGCGCAGACAAUACCGCAGGCGAAAUGCACUCGGUGGCACCAAGAGAGGGCUUGCAGAAUAUCGAGCACCGUCGCCCACCGCAUCAUCUGUAGGAAGCGCUCCUUUGAAUCGCUGGCAGAACAGCUAAAGAAAACUAAAAGUUUCUACUCUCCAGCCACAGAGUAUGGUAUCACAAUGGAACCAAUGGCUCGGAAGGUCUUCGAAAAAAAAGUCGGCACCAGAGUCACGCAGGUCGGCCUCGUCAUCCAUCCUCAACAGCCUUGGCUGUGUGCUAGCCCAGAUGGUCUGUUCCACACCAGCAAGGGGAUCACUUUGCUCGAAAUUAAGUGCCCCUACUCCAGGAAAGACGACGUGAUCAUUGACCCCGACCUGUGCGAGAGCUUCAUUAGCUAUGUUGUGUAUGAGGACGGCUGUCUUAAGCUAACUCGCAGCCACCCAUACUACUGUCAGGUGCAAGUGGCAAUGUAUGUUACAAAUACCACAGAGUGUUUCUUUUUGUGUACAGCAGCAAGCAGGACCUCAUAAUUGUAAUUGAAAGGGAUGAAGCCUUCCUUGCCAAAAGCAUUCCACGGCUUCAGUGGUUUUACCACAAUUACUACAUGAAGCUGCUGACACACUAAGCUGCGCAUAGUGACCUUGUGAUAUUGCAACACACAUACUUGUAUGUAUUAAGCUUGUUUUGUUGAGUGUGCACUCGGCCUUCAGUAUUUUUUUGUCUGUGUGGAAAGUAUAAAUGCAUGUGUUUAACGUACUACCUAGUCACUACUGAAAGUUUUUUGAGCAGGUGUGUUAUUUACCUAGCAUGCAACCCACAUUGUUGUGUGUAUUUAGCUUGUUUGGUUGAGUGUGCACUCUGCCUUCAGUAUUUUUUGUCUGUGUGGAAAGUAUUAAAUGAGUGUGCAAUAGAGCGAAUUUGGGCAUGUUGGUGUGUGUGUUUCCUUUCUGUGUCCCCGUCGUUGUUUCGUGCUGUGUGUUUCACCAUUAAAUGAGUGUGUUUAACUUACUACCUAGUCACUAUGGAAAGUUUUCUGAACAGAUGUGUUAUUUACCUAGGAUGCAACCCACAUUGUUGUAUGUAUUUAGCUUGUUUGGUUGAGUGUGAACUCGGCCUUCUGUAUUUCUUUUGUCUGUGUGGAAAGUAUAAAUGAGUGUUUAACUUACUACCUAGUCACUAUGGAAAGUUUUCUGAACAGGUGUGUUGUUUACCUAGGAUAUCAGUUUUCAAUGGGAUGGGUAUAAUAAGCUCCUUCUGAAUCUGCUUACAUGAGGACUAUUCACCACGCUUUCUCUGGCACUUUGACAUCUUGCAUUUUGCUGGUUAACAAUAACUAGUUUUGAGCAAUAUUCUUGUGUCGUGCACUCACACAUUCCCUUCCAUAAAGCACCAAGCUGUAAAUACUUGUAUCGUUGGUGUAGCAAAACAUAGUCAAAACAACAAACAAAACUACAAGG